CUCUGUUUGUUUUUUUAAAAAAAAAUAUUUUUUUUAAAAGAGAAUAAUAAUAAUAAAAAUAGGACAGAAGAAAUAAAUAACCAAAUAAUCAAUCUGCUUUCUUUGAAACUUCUCCCCCAAUAUUGCUCCCAAUUCUCGGCUCCUAUAUAAUCCCCAAUCCUUCUCACUGCCCCCAAACACGAUCCCUUCUUCUCGCUUCCGUCUGUCUCCUUCUUCGACAUGGCCGCCUGCGUCGAGAACUGUCGGACCAAGUCGACCUUCCUCUGCUGGACGACCGCCGCCGCCGCCGCCGCCGCCGGCGACUCCUCCUGCAAAUUCUCCGUCUGCUCUCCGCGAAGGAGCUGUACAACUCCCAUCGAUCAAUACAGCGACGGUGCUGCUGCCGGCGACGACGACGAAGUGUGGGCUGAGCUGCGGGACGAAGCGCGGUCGGACGUGGAGGACGAGCCGAUCUUGCGGCAGUACUACUCCGACCUCAUCCUCUCCCACCGCUGCCUGGAGUCGGCGCUGGCCGCGCACCUGGCGGGCAAGCUGUGCGUGCCGGGCGUGGUGGCCAGCGGCACGCUGUACGACCUGCUGUUCUCCGCGCUCGCGGCCGACCUGCGGGCGGCGCGCGACCGCGACCCGGCGUGCGCGAAGAUGGUGCACUGCUUCCUGUACUACAAGGGGUUCCUGGCGCUGCAGGCGCACCGGGCGGCGCACCGGCUGUGGGGGGAGGGGCGGAGGGCGGCGGCGCUGCUGCUGCAGGGGCGCGCGUCGGAGGCGUUCGCGGUGGACAUCCACCCCGGGGCGGCGGUCGGGGAAGGGGUGCUGCUCGACCACGCCACCGGGGUGGUGAUCGGGGAGACGGCGGUGGUGGGGAGCGACGUGUCGAUACUGCAUGGGGUCACGCUCGGGGGCACCGGGAAAGAGAGCGGCGACCGGCACCCGAAGAUCGGGGACGGGGUGCUGAUCGGCGCGGGUACGCACAUCCUGGGCAAUAUAAGGAUCGGGGACGGGGCGAAGAUCGGGGCCGGGUCGGUGGUGCUGAAGGAGGUGCCGGCGCGGACGACGGCGGUGGGGAACCCGGCCAGGCUGGUCGGAGGGAAGGAGAGCCCGGUCCUGUCGGAGGGGUUGGCGGGCUUGACCAUGGACCAAACCUCAUGGUCUCGUGAUUUGUUGUAAACUGAUCAAUUAAAAAUGUAUCUGUUCUAUCAGUUAUACAUCUAUACGUUCCUUCCCAAUGCGGAGUGUGGGCAAGUAGGCCUAAGAGGUUUGGGAGUUCAGUGAGUCAUUGAGCUCCUCUGUUCCACUUUCACAAUAAAACGUGUAAUAUUGGUGUACCAAGAACCAGAUUAAUAGAAUUUAAGCAUUCAGUAGUUAACCAGAAUUGAUAGUA